AAUAUAAUAAUAAUAAUCAUACGGUAAAAGCAAGUUUCGGAAUAUACGGGCAUAAAUUAAAAAAAAAUAGCAAUUAUUAAUUCUUUUGAAUUGGAUAUAACACUUUAAUUGAAAAGAUAUGACAUGUGAUGGUGUUGUGACAUUUUGGAAAUUAUUUAUCUUUUUAGUUUUUAUAUUAAAAUCAGCUGUGACAAUUGGUAAACCAAAUCAAUUACAUAUUGGAGGUAUAUUUCCAAUACAAGGUAAAGGAGGAUGGCAGGGUGGACAAGCAUGUAUGCCAGCUGCAGAAAUGGCAUUGGUUGAUGUUAAUCGUUCACCAAAUAUAUUACCUGGUUUUGAUCUUGAAUUGCAUAGCAAUGAUAGUGAGGUAAGCAUUUACGUAAAUUUUUUGGAUGGACAUACGUCGUAUAAUUACAAAGCAUAAAUGUGAGCUGCCUAAGGUAAAAAUGAACAAUGAUUAAAAAAACUAUGAAUUUUCCC